CAAAAUAUAGGCCUGACUGGGAUGAAACUGGAAGCCCCAGCUGACCCUCAGAUGAUGAUAAACCCAUUCCAGCUUGACCCUGCCACAGCUGCAGCACUGGCUCCAGGACUUGUAAAUAAUGAGCUGCCGCCUGAAAUCCGGCUUGCCAGUGGUCAGCUAAUGGGUGAUGACCUGUCCCUCCUUACUGCAGGAGAGCUGUCACCUUAUAUCAGUGACCCAGGGUUGAAGCUUUUCCAGUGUGCUGUUUGCAACAAAUUCACCACUGACAGUCUGGAGGCCUUGAAUGUGCAUGUGAGCAGUGAACGGUCUCUCCCUGAAGAGGAAUGGAGAGCGGUAAUUGGAGACAUCUACCAGUGCAAGCUUUGUAACUACAAUACUCAGCUGAAAGCCAACUUCCAGCUCCACUGCAAAACUGAUAAGCAUAUGCAAAAGUACCAACUGGUGGCUCAUAUCAAAGAAGGGGGCAAAAGCAAUGAGUGGAGGCUGAAGUGCAUCGCAAUUGGCAACCCGGUGCAUCUGAAGUGCAAUGCUUGUGAUUACUACACCAACAGCGUGGAUAAAUUACGAUUACACAACACCAAUCACAGGCACGAGGCGGCCCUGCGGCUUUACAAGUACUUGCAAAAACAUGAGAGCACAGUGAAUGCUGAUUCCUGCUAUUACUACUGUGCUUUGUGCGAUUACUCCACGAAGGUCAAGUUGAACUUGGUACAGCAUGUUCGUUCAGUGAAGCACCAGCAGACAGAGGGUCUACGCAAGCUUCAGUUACACCAGCAGGGUCUUUCACCAGAUGAGGACAGCCUGAGCGAGAUCUUCUUUGUGAAAGACUGCCCACCGAACGAUCCUGAAGAACAAGCAGAGGAAUCAGAGGAAACUCUAAAACUCCCAUCUGCAGCCCAAGCUGAGGAGAGAGGCACAAAUGAGAAAGACAGCAGUGAGGGCAAGGCAGUAAAGGAUUCAGGUUCUGGAACUUACACACCUGACAAGGAGCCUCUCCUGAAUUCUACCACUGUAAAGCGACAGUUAAUACAAAGUAAGGAAGAGGAUGGUGCAGCUAAGAGAUCAAGAACUGCUGAAGAAAAUAGCAUUUGCCAAGAACAGUGCUAUCAGUGUCCCUACUGCAACUACAGCAGCAAAGACGCCAACCGAAUUCAAAUGCACAUCAUCUCCCAGCAUUCCGUGCAGCCUGUGAUUUCCUGUCCUCUCUGCCAAGAUAUUCUUAGUAACAAAAUGCAUCUGCAGCUGCACUUGACUCAUUUGCACAGUGUGUCUCCAGACUGUGUAGAAAAGCUCCUCAUGACGAUUUCAGUGCCAGAUGUUGUGAUGCCAAACAAUAUAUUGCUGCCAUCGGCUGCCCCUGACAGGAUGGAAGCAGAGAAGGCCGCAGCUGCAACCACAGAGUCACCUGGGAAACCAACAGGUGACAGUCCGACAGAGGAAAAAAACAUUCAAGGUGGAGAAGAUUUAAAGGCUGGAGUUGAAAUUAAAACAGAAGAGCAAAACAUGCCUAAGGAAUCAUUAGAUAACCCCGAGUGGAACAAAUCCAUUAACAAAGAUUCAAAGCACUGCGAGUUACUGACUGAUCAAUUAAGCGAACAGCAGAAGAGGCAGCAGCUUUCUGUUUCUGAUCGCCAUGUUUAUAAAUACCGCUGUACCCACUGUAGUUUGGCUUUUAAGACUAUGCAGAAGCUUCAGAUACAUUCCCAGUAUCAUGCUAUCCGGGCCGCCACUAUGUGUAGCCUUUGCCAACGCAGUUUCCGUACAUUCCUGGCUUUAAAAAAACAUUUGGAAACGGGCCACCCUGAGCUAAGCGAGACUGAAGUACAGCAGCUUUGUGCGACCUUACCUGUAAACGGGGAGCUCUGGGCUGAAAAUGAAAACAUAGCCCCCGAUGAGCACUCUUUGGAGCAGGACAAUGAGCGUGAUUAUGAGAUGGACCAUGAAGGAAAGGCUAGCCCAGUUGGGAGUGACAGUAGCUCCAUUCCAGAUGACUUGGGCUCAGAACCAAAGCGAACUUUGCCUUUUAGAAAAGGGCCAAAUUUCACUAUGGAAAAAUUUUUAGAUCCAUCACGACCAUAUAAAUGUACAGUGUGUAAAGAAUCUUUUACUCAAAAGAACAUUCUUUUGGUCCAUUAUAAUUCUGUUUCUCACCUGCAUAAACUUAAAAAGGUUUUGCAAGAAGCAUCAAGUCCAGUUCCUCAAGAGACCAACAGCAGCACUGACCACAAACCAUUCAAGUGCAGCAUUUGCAAUGUUGCAUACAGCCAAAGCUCUACAUUGGAGAUUCAUAUGAGAUCUGUUCUUCACCAAACUAAGGCAAGGGCUGCAAAACUAGAACCAAGUAGUAACAAUACUGGUGGUAGUAACAUAACAGGGAAUAUUAGCAGUCCAAGCCAAGGGAUGCUUGAUUCUAUGGGUUUGCCAACUAUAAACAGCAAAGAACCCCACCUAGAUGCCAAAGAAAUAAUUAAAAAGCAAGCUCCUGAGGUUAUUCCUACCCAACCUCCACAUCACCCACCACAGUCACCAGCACAGUUUCAAAUGCAACUGCAGCAUGAACUGCAACAACAAGCUGCGUUCUUUCAGCCCCAGUUUUUAAACCCAGCAUUUCUUCCCCACUUUCCAAUGACUCCAGAAGCUCUUGUUCAGUUCCAGCAGCCACAGUUUCUUUUUCCAUUUUAUAUUCCUGGGACAGAGUUUAGCCUCAAUCCUGAUUUGGGACUACCUACUUCUGCUGCAUUUGGAAUGCCUGGUAUGGCGGGAUCAUUACUCGAAGAUUUAAAGCUCCAAAUUCAAACACAUCAGCUUGGGCAGACCCAGCUACAAAUGCUACAACAGCAAGCACAGCACCAGGCCCAGCAGUAUCAAGCCACACAGUCGCAGCAUCAAUCGCAAAAGCAACACCAUUCAAACAGGAUAAUGAAACAAGAGCAAAACAAUGUUUGUGUGCCGAGUACUGAAUGCCAUCUUACAAAAGAUACAUCAUGUUACAAAGAACAUGAGGAGAUCACUGAAAAGCAAGAAAAACCAAAGCAAGAAGUUGACAAUGAUGCUCCAAAAGACAGCAAAGAUGUGAAGAAACAAAGAUCAUUAGAACCUACUAUUCCACCUCCCCGUAUUGCUUCUGGUGCUAGAGGGAAUGCAGCAAAAGCUCUUCUAGAAAAUUUUGGAUUUGAAUUGAUAAUUCAAUAUAAUGAAAACCGACAAAAAGUACAAAAGAAAAACAAGCUUGGGGAAAAUGAAAAUAAUGAGAAGCUAGAGUGUGGUGCAUGUAGCAAGUUAUUUUCAAAUAUUUUGAUCCUAAAGAGUCACCAAGAACAUGUGCAUGGACAGUUUUUCCCAUAUGGGGAACUGGAAAAAUUUGCUCGUCAGUACAGAGAUGCAUAUGAUAAGCUUUAUCCAAUUGUACCACCUUCUCCUGAAACACCUCCUCCACCACCGCCACCCCCUCCUCCACCUCCUUCUGCACCUCCAACACCAGCUCCACCUCCACUUACUCCAGCUGUACCAGUUAAGAUUCCAAGCUCAACUCCAACACCACUGCAAGCUCCACCACCAACUCCACCGCCACCUCCACCACCUCCUCCCCCUCCACCGCCACCUCCCCCACCCCCACCAUCAGCUCCUCCAGUUUCACUUCCUGUAUCCUUAGACCUUCCUCUCUUCCCACCUAUUAUGAUGCAGUCUGUUCAACAUCCUGCUUUACCUCCACAACUUGCACUGCAGCUUUCUCCAAUGGAUGCUUUAUCUGCAGAUCUUGCACAGAUGUGCCAGCAACAGUUGGGCUUAGAUCCAAAUUUCCUGCGUCAUUCCCAGUUUAAACGCCCUCGUACAAGAAUAACUGAUGACCAGCUUAAGAUACUACGUGCCUACUUUGACAUUAACAAUUCUCCAAAUGAGGAUCAGAUACAGGAGAUGGCUGAAAAAUCAGGUCUUUCCUUGAAAGUUAUCAAACACUGGUUUCGAAACACUUUAUUUAAGGAACGUCAAAGAAACAAAGAUUCACCAUACAAUUUCAGCAAUCCCCCUAUAACUGUUCUUGAGGAUAUCAGAAUUGAACCACCACCACCUUCAGUAGAUAUUCAUAGGUCAGACUCUUUUAGCAGGAGGUCUUCAAGAACAAGGUUUACGGACUAUCAGCUUAGAGUUUUACAAGACUUUUUUGACACUAAUGCAUACCCAAAGGAUGAUGAAAUAGAACAACUAUCCACUGUUCUUAACUUGGCAACGCGGGUUAUUGUUGUCUGGUUCCAAAAUGCCCGUCAAAAAGCUAGAAAAACUUAUGAAAAUCAAGCUGAGGCUAAAGAUAGUGAAAAGAGAGAGCUAACAAAUGAGCGCUACAUUCGCACUAGCAACAUGCAAUAUCAGUGUAAGAAAUGCAAUGUUGUAUUUCCUAGAAUAUUUGACCUAAUUACACAUCAGAAAAAGCUGUGUUAUAAAGAUGAAGAUGAUGAUAUUCAAGAUGAAAGCCAAAAUGAAGAUUCAAUGGAUGCUACAGAUCAAAUCUUCCCAAAGAUGUCUAGUCAAGCAGAAACAUCAAAAGCUUCAACUAUAACAACAGUAAGCUCUGGUUCAGGCUCAAGUACACCUUUAAUUCCAUCUCCAAGACCAGAGUUUGGUAAAACUUCACCAAAACCUGAUGUGCAAAAUGAAAAACCAAAGCAAAUUGAUGCUAUUGCUAGCUCUUUAGCUUCCAAGUUAAUUCAAUCCAGUUCUGCAAUAUCUGACACACAGCCUUCACCAUCAGUGUCUGUUUCCCAGCAAAGACAGCCUCAGCAAAUUGCAAGACCUUCAUCUGCAUCCCGAACCACUCCUGUUCCAUCUAGCCCGCUACCGAUAUCUCUGACUUCGUUGUCAAACAGCCUACCUCCUCAUUUGCUACAAUACCAAUGUGAUCAAUGUACAGUGGCUUUUCCAACCUUGGAACUGUGGCAGGAGCACCAACACAUGCAUUUCCUAGCUGCCCAAAAUCAGUUUCUCCAUUCACAGUUUUUAGAAAGGCCCAUGGACAUGCCAUAUAUGAUUUUUGAUCCAAACAAUCCUCUUAUGGCAGGGCAGUUACUUGGCAGUUCCAUGUCUCACAUGCCUCCACAAGCUGGUGGACCACAUGGCACUACGGCUGCUUCUCUGAAAAGGAAGAUGGAUGAUAAAGAUGAUAAUAACUGCAGUGAGAAGGAGGGUGGCAAUAGUGGUGAGGAUCAACAUCGAGAUAAACGAUUAAGAACCACUAUUACACCAGAGCAACUAGAAAUACUUUAUGAAAAAUAUCUGUUGGAUUCUAAUCCAACACGUAAGAUGCUUGAUCAUAUUGCAAGAGAGGUGGGCCUAAAAAAAAGGGUGGUGCAAGUCUGGUUUCAGAAUACAAGAGCCAGAGAAAGAAAAGGUCAGUUCAGAGCUGUAGGUCCAGCUCAGUCUCAUAAAAGAUGCCCAUUUUGCCGUGCACUAUUUAAAGCAAAGUCAGCAUUAGAAAGUCAUAUUAGAUCUCGGCAUUGGAAUGAGGGAAAGCAAGCUGGUUAUAGUUUGCCACCAAGUCCUCUAGCUGGCAUGGAUGAUGGUGGUGAAAGCCCAAACAAAUAUAUGUUUUUUGAUUAUCCGACACUUCCAAAGAAUGACUUGUUAAGUGAAAAUGAUAUGCCUUCUACUGUUUCCACACCAGUAAGCAAAACUGCCGAGCUAUCACCGAAGAAUCUUUUAAGCCCAUCAUCUUUUAGGGCAGAAUGCAAUGAAGACAUCGAGAACUUGCAUGCACCCUCUGCUGAAAGGUUUGAUCAAAGCAAAAAUGACUUUGAUGAAACCUCAUCAAUUAACACAGCAAUUAGUGAUGCUACAACAGGGGAUGAAGGAAACAAUGAUGUAGAAAGCAUGACUGUUAGCUCUAAAGAUGUAAAAACUCCCAAAGAACCAAAAAAUCAUAUGAAUGAUAGUUUGCCAAAAACAGGAACUACUCCCACAAUUGAUAACUGUGAUGAGAGUUUCUUCUUUUCUCUGACAAAUACAUCACACAAUAGCAUGGACAGAGAAAGCGACCAUGACCAAAGUAUAUACAUGACUGAUGAAUAUGAGGACAAUAAUGACCGCAGUGAAACAUCCAGUAUUGCAGAUCCAGAUCCUAGCUCACCAAAUUCUUUUGGUAGCAGCAGUUUCUUUAAAGCCAAAAAUAAUGACCGACCAGGUCAUAAACGCUUCAGAACUCAAAUGAGUAAUGUUCAACUGAAAGUUCUUAAAGCUUGCUUUUGUGAUUAUAGGACUCCAACAAUGCAAGAAUGUGAAAUGCUGGGCAAUCAGAUUGGUCUUCCCAAACGUGUUGUCCAAGUUUGGUUUCAAAAUGCACGAGCAAAAGAGAAGAAAUUCAAAAUAACCAUAGGGAAGCCUUUUAUGAUUAACCAAACUGGGCCAGAUGGAACCAAACUUGAGUGUUCUCUUUGUGGGGUAAAAUAUUCAGCACGUUUAUCCAUUCGAGAUCAUAUAUUUUCAAAGCAACACAUUACAAAGGUGAGAGAAACAGUGGGAAGCCAGCUUGAUCGUGAGAAGGACUACUUGGCCCCUACUACUGUUCGACAACUCAUGGCACAACAAGAACUGGAUCGGAUAAAGAAGGUGUCAGAUGUUUUGGGAUUAACUGUUCAGCAGUCAAGUAUGAUGGAGAGCAGUCCUCUUCAUGGUCUCAAUCUGUCAGCAUCUUACCAAGGGCUACCUGGCCUUCCUCCAGUUCUCCUUUCAGGGAUGAACAGCCCAUCUUCAUUGUCUGGGUUUACACAGACUACAAACACUUUGACAUCUCCUGGUGCCGGCAUGCUUGGGUUUCCUACUUCAGCUACUCCAUCUCCUGCUCUCUCUCUUAGCAGUGCACCCACUAAAAGUUUGCUGCAGACCCCACCACAGCCUCCGCCACCCCACCCAUCCUCGUCAUCAUCCUGUUUGUCAGGACAGCAGACAGAUCCACAAAACAAAGACUUGGAAAAAAAGCGACACAAAUUCAAAAGGAUCAAAGAGGAGGAAUCAGAGGCUAAAUCUGGAUUUAAGCAAUCUAAAAAAGAGGAAAAAAUCUCAUCUGCUCUUUCCAUGUUGGGCAAAGCUGAAAUACCUGUGGACCCUGCCCAGUUGCAAGCACUUCAAAAUGCUGUCUCUGGUGACCCAGCUUCUUUUAUAGGUGGGCAGUUCUUGCCAUAUUUUAUUCCUGGCUUUGCUUCAUACUUCACACCCCAGCUUCAUGGAACAAUGCAAGGUGGUUAUCUCCCUCCAAUAUGUGGGAUGGAAAGUCUCUUCCCAUAUGGGCCAGCAGUGCCUCAAGCUAUUGCUGGUUUAUCGCCUGGUGCAUUGUUACAACAAUACCAACAAUAUCAGCAGAGCCUACAGGAUUCGAUACAAAAACAACAAAAACAGCAGCAGCAGCAGAUGCUGCAGCAUGAACAAAAACCUCCACAAGUAAACUCACCUAAGGUAGAAAAUGAACAACAGCAAAAGUCAAAUGAAGAGUUGGAAAAGAAGGAAGAAAAGAGUCCUGCCACAGAAAGCACAAAAGAAGAAUCCCAAAUACACCCAAAAAGUGCAGACUUAUCUGACAAUUGCAUUGUUCCAUUUGUCAAGCAUGAAUUUAUAUGCAGAAAGUGCCAGAUGAUGUUUACUGAUGAAGAGGCAGCAGUAAACCAUCAAAAGUCCUUCUGUUACUUUGGUCAGGCUUUAUUUGACCCACAAGAAACAGUGCUUCGAGUCCCAGUCAACAAACAUCAAUGUCUUGCCUGUGAUGUGGCUAUUAGCGGAAAUGAAGCACUUAACCAACACCUCCAAUCAAGCUUGCACAAAGAGAAAACAAUCAAACAAGCAAUGAGAAAUGCCAAAGAGCAUGUUAGAUUAUUACCUCACUCAGUCUGCUCCCCUAGUCCUAACACCACAUCUACCUCGCAGUCUGCAGCUUCUUCUAAUAACACCUAUCCUCAUCCUUCUCGCUUCUCCAUGAAGUCCUGGCCUAAUAUUCUUUUUCAAGCGUCUGCCAGGAAAGCUGCUUCUUCCCCUUCUUCUCCUCCUUCCCUCUCCUUGCCUUCAACGGUUACCUCAAGUUUGUGCAGCACCUCAGGGGUUCAAACCUCACUACCCACAGAAAGUUGUUCAGAUGAGUCUGACAGUGAGCUGAGCCAGAAGCUGGAAGACUUGGAUAACCCACUGGAAGUCAAAGCGAAACCUGCUUCUGGCCUAGAUGGUAAUUUCAAUAGCAUCAGAGUGGAUAUGUUCAGUGUGUAGGAGUGAAACAGGAUCCCUUGCUUAAAAUAAGACUUCUUAAUUGCAGUUCCAAAGCUUCUCUAACCCAAAAAAAAAUACAGUACCAAAUGAUUGACUCAGGAUUGUUUUCCCAUAUUGAUAUGCUGGCAAUAUAGGACGAUAUGGUAUGGACAGAACUGUUUCAGAUGGUUGGAUGCGCUUGUAAUAUAUGCUUAAAGUAUGGAAAUAAAGGAAAAAAAAUCCUCCAAGUUCUUUUGGAACUUGUUUCAAGCCAAAAACUCUCCGAAAGCAAAUUGCACCUCAGCUGGAUUGAAUUCCAAAAUGCUAGCAUGUACUGUAUGGGGGGAUGAUCCAGAAUAUUUAAAGAGAAAUUCUCUUAGUUUAGGUAGGUGUGAUUCAGUAGCUUUAAAUUCUCAGGUCAGAACAUAAUAACAUUUCUCAUUUGUUUAAACAAAAGCAGCAAGAAGCCUGGUAAAACUGUGACUUUUCCCCCUCCAAAAAUGUCAACCUUUAUUAGAAUACAUUUACACAUUUUUUAGGUGUGUUUAGAGUACCUAUAGACUUUAGAACCCUUGCUGAACAACAGGCAAAGUCCCUAUGAGCUCACCCUGCAAGAUAGUACAGUUUUACCGUAGAUGGGAUUCAGAGAGGUGGAAAGAUAUAUAUAUGCCCUGUGUAUUGCAGUUUGUAUUUGCCACAAGCUAUAUUUAUAUCCAUAUCACCCCUUUUUCUUGUUGGACAUACUAAUAUUCUGUGCCAAUUCUACCUUCCUACUUUUACCUCUGAUCUCACCCUUUUUGUUCUGAAAGAGGUAAUAAUUCUAGUUUUGAUAGAGACUCUGAGGUUUAUGUGACAUAUUUCAUUUGUGAAUUUAAUGCUUUAAUGUCAAAGUACUUGCUCGUGUCUGGACUAGUGCACUUAUAAUUUUGUAGACCAUGUGAAAUUAAGAUUAUUUUUCUUUUCAUUUUUUUUUCCCUGUUUUUAUUUUUUUCUGUUUAUGUAUGUUUAUUUUAAUGUUUUUUCAUUGUUAUUGUGUGUAGUGCAACAACAGUUUGGUCUGCAUCUGUUAGAGGUUUGCCUCCUAACAACCCAAAGACCUAUUUAACAAUUGGUGCAUAAGUAAAGUACUAUAUACUUGAAAACCGCCUAAGUACAAGCUGAACAAAAAAUUAAAAAGAAAAUUAUGAAAAGUUAUAUUUGCUUCUAUUGAAAGCAAAGAAGCUGCUUUAAAAAUAAUAAUUAAAAAGGGGACUAAAAUUGUUUUGUAUAAAGUGGUUAGCCUGGUGAACAUAGGACUGAACUUAGAUAGAUGCCUAUACACUGCUCUUUUGGUGAUUUAGGCUUUGUACUUCCGUUAACCUGUUGGGUGCUGUCGGUGCCAGCCACAUGUUGCAAUACAGUAUAUGGCGCAUCUGAACAGCAUCACACUGGUUGAUUAUCUGGGCACUUGUGUUUGAUGUUCUGUUACAGUUAUUUUUUUUUUCUUUGUUGUCAUAUAUGCAUUACAAAGUAUUAUCCUUAUCAAGAUUUGCUGCUACUGUGUUAACCUUUUUUGUUUUGCUUGCCAUAGUUUUCAACUUCUGCCACACAGUGAAUUGAAUUAUAAAUUGCUAUGCUUUGCUGUUCAUUUUUUCUGUUGCUGUGGAACUUAAAGAAUGUGAAAGCUGUCAAGGGUGCUUUACGAAUCACUUUUGUGUUUGGUAUAGUAAAACAAUAUGAUUCAUUCCAAAGUAACAGAAGGUUUUACGAAAAAAAAAAAAGUGAAAAGGCUCGUGAACAAAGAAAGAUUUGCUGUUGUACAUAUUUGUAGUUGGCUGUGCAUGGUACAAAAAUUUAUUAAUAUGAAGAAAUGCAAAAAUGUAUUGCUUUUGGUAUUUCUGAUCUGAGAUGAACAAGAAGCAUGUAAUGCAACUGUCUGACAGUUAAACUAAAAAAAAUCAUGCUUUAAACUGUUUUUAAUGAUCAAAUCAAAUAACAUUUCAUUUUACAUUUUAUUAUUGUACAGUUUUUGGUUGCUUUAAAUAAUGAUCACAACAAUAUUCUGUACAUUUUUAUGUGAACUUUUUAUUGUUCUUAAUUUGGGGGACAUUUUUUUUAGUAUUUUAAAAUUUUUAUUUUAAUCCUAAAGACACUUUUUUUUUUUUAUUGUGUUUCGUAAAGAGACAUCAUAGCCUCCCAAGGUGCAAUCCUGCCGCUAUAGUGAGCUAAUGUCCUGAAUCCAAAGGCUUCAGAAAAUUGCUUUUGCCUUUUUCAUGAAUGUUAAGCAGCAUUGUGAGAUCGAUCUGUACUGGCAGUUAACACGAUGUGCAACAGUGUGUUAGCAUGGAACAGAACGCUUUUCACAAAACAAAGGACUGUUUUACAAAUGAUGAUUCGACGGUUGAGUCGACAUAAACUUUUACAACUGCACAGCAGCCAAAAAAACUUUAACUGGAUGGACGUUGUUAGGGUGAUAUAAGAAGAAAAAAAUAAAAUAAAAAAAGGACAGCCGCCAAAGGUUGGGAAUGAGUAUUGUUUUUUUUCCUGGAUAUCAAAGGGAUUAUUACAGCGCAAUCAUUGUCUACACAACAUGUACUCUCAACGCCUGGGUUACAUAGGAAAUGCACCCUGAGGUUUUAAUAAAAAA